AUGUCUUCUCCAAGCAAAAGAAGAGACAUGGAUGUCAUGAAACUGAUGAUGAGUGACUACACAGUGGAAACAAUCAAUGAUGGGAUUAAUGAAUUCAACGUGGAGUUCCAUGGCCCAAAAGAGAGCCUUUAUGAAGGUGGUGUUUGGAAAGUUCGAGUGGAGUUACCAGAUGCAUAUCCAUACAAAUCUCCUUCUAUCGGGUUCCUCAAUAAAAUAUACCACCCCAAUGUUGAUGAGAUGUCAGGUUCUGUUUGCUUGGAUGUCAUCAACCAAUCAUGGAGUCCAAUGUUUGAUCUUUUGAAUGUGUUUGAGGUUUUUCUUCCACAGCUACUGCUCUACCCAAACCCUGGGGACCCACUAAAUGCUGACGCAGCUGCACUUAUGAUGAAUGAUAAAAAGCAGUAUGAAGAAAAGGUAAAAGAGUACUGUGAACGAUAUGCAAAGAAGUCGAACACCAUUAAAGCUCCAAACGAGGAGAGUGACGAUGAAGAGAUAAGCGAGGAUGAAGAUAGUGACAGGCACAGCACAUUCAGUGAAGACAAUGUUGCUGGUGAUGCUGAUCCCUGA